ACCAGACUGCUCCCUGAAAGUGCUGCAGAAAGGGUUUUCAGUCCUUUCAACCUGCAAAAAUGCCAGCCGCACUUGCAGAUACCAGUCAGAUUAUCUGUGAGGUCUGGGCAAGCAAUGUGGAGGAGGAAAUGAGGAAAAUCCGACAGAUAAUUCAAAGCUACAACUCGAUUGCCAUGGUAAUCUAUCUUCCUAAAUAUGCCUAUAACUUUUUUUCAUAGACGCUUAAUAGAUCUGGGAAGGUUUUGAUAUUUAUUGCAUUAAGAUAUUUUAUUUCAGUCAUUAAUUAUGUCCUCCUUGUUCCACCAGGACACAGAAUUCCCCGGAGUAGUAGUUCGACCCAUUGGCGAGUUUCGUAGCACAGUAGAUUACCAGUACCAGCUCUUGAGGUGCAACGUGGACCUUCUGAAAAUCAUCCAACUGGGACUGUCGUUUAUGAACGAGGACGGAGACUAUCCCCCUGGAACGACAACAUGGCAGUUCAAUUUCAAAUUUAAUUUAACGUGGGUGUUAUUCCUUGCAUCCUUUUUACAAUACAGCAAAGCCAGUGAUGAAAUUCAAAAUAUAGCAUGCUUAUGUUAAUUUGGGUAGGAUCUGUUGCCUCAUUAGAAUACUCGAGUAAUAGUCUGUUUAUAACAUUGUUUAAGUGUUUGGUUUGCUCCAUAAUGGGGAAAAAAGAGAUCUGAUGUUCUUUUGUAAACAGAGAGGAUAUGUACUCCCAGGACUCAAUAGACCUACUCCAGAACUCCGGCCUCCAAUUCAAAAAGCACGAGGAAGAGGGGAUCGACACUCUGUACUUUGCUGAGCUCCUGAUGACAUCUGGUUUAGUGCUGUGUGAAAAUGUAAAGUGGCUCUCCUUUCACAGGUAGGGAUGUGUGGAGAGAUCACUGGGCCUAGGCCUUAGAGUUUUUCCUGGUGACCAGAUUAAACUCCCAACAGUGCCUCAGUUGUCAUUUGAGACAUUUUGUAAUGAAUCUCCUUGCUGUGCUUCUCAUUUGCAGUGGGUACGAUUUUGGCUACCUGGUGAAGCUCUUAACAGACACUCGCCUACCUGAGGAGGAACAUGAGUUCUUCCAGAUCCUCAAUCUCUUCUUUCCUGCAAUCUAUGAUGUGAAAUAUCUAAUGAAGAGCUGCAAGAACUUAAAGGUAACCUGCUUAUUCAUCAUGUUACAGUAUUAGCAAAGCCAAUGAAAGCACUGUUGGCUGUCAAGCGUGUCCGACAGGGUUUGAACCUGAGUCUCAUGCAUGUCUCAACUUUGUUAGCAUGUUUAGCUUGAUUAGCUAAUGCAAGUCUUCGGAUCUCAGGCAAGGUUACUCAUCACACAAGUGUGGCUCACUGAAUCACUUCAGUUACACAAGCAAUGGUGACCAAAGAAAUGUGACUGACAGGAAAUGUCCUUUGACUUCCCCAAAGGCUGUUGAGGUAGAGCAUAUUGCUCCAGUUGGCUGACUGUCACCUGUGUGUUUGUUCAGGGAGGACUCCAGGAGGUGGCUGACCAGCUGGAAUUGAAGAGGAUUGGGAGACAGCACCAGGCCGGCUCCGAUUCACUGCUCACAGGAAUGGCCUUCUUUAGGAUGAAAGAGGUACCUAUUCUAUUCCUAAUGUCUCUUAUCUUCCAUAACAACUGAUAGGUGAAAGGACUUGUGAGAUUUUCAACAUUGUGCUUACACCUGUUAAGUGUUUUCAAAUCAGUGGUCAGGAAGGAAAAUAACCUUUUUAAAGAUGAUUGUGACAGUCCCAGUCCAAUAUGUAGAACAAGCCUUGAUGAUGGGGAUGUGCAUUUUGGGAGAAACUGAGUUUGACAAUGUUUCUGUUACAUGAAACAUCUGAAAUAAGUUGUCUUUUGCAGCUUUUCUUUGAAGACAACAUUGAUGACGCAAAGUAUUGUGGGCGAUUGUAUGGAUUGGGCUCUGGGUCCACACAAAAUCAGAACGGCAUCUCAAGUUCUUCCCAAGAGGAAACUAACAACAAGCACUGACUGACCACAAGACCAUCAAGUGGAAGAUUCACUUGUUUUAUCCCAUCCAGUAGAUGUUUCUCUUCUCCCCUCACUCCCAGAAGAAAACAUGAGGAUUAAUUUCUGUAUCAAACUUCACCAGCUGCAAAAAGGGCAUUGGUUACCACAGACUCUCCUCUUGAACCCAUUUUGUUCUGUCAUAGUUGAUUUUACUGCGUAUUGUCACCAUUCAAAUUCCCUAUUGUACCACCAUUGAGCCUUUCUAGCGCCCAUCGCACAGGUCCAGUAUUCGGAAACCUUUUAUCUGUGUGUUACAGCAUUGCAGUAACUACCCUUCUUUUAAAAGCAUGGGACCCGUUCGUGUAUUGUACUGCAAAUGAUAAGUGUAGCAUUUAAGUGCUCGAGCAAUUCCCUGCACUCCUGCUUUUCAAAACGAUAAACUCUAUUUAGACCCAACUGUAGCUCAAGCAUCGGUAGGUAUCGUUCCCAAACCAUUGCAUUGUUGGAUACAUGCUUGUAGGGAUUGUACACUUUUUUAAAUUAUGCUGGACAGGUAUGUAAAAUUCACUGAAGCCAACCUGUUUUAGCAUUUUUCCUUUGUGGAAGGAGACUUUUAGGUGGGUACCAGGCUGGUCUGAGUAUGAACGUGUUACAGGGGCACCCUGCAGUUCAGUGUAACAUUUGCUUUUAAUUUGUUCGCUCAGUUUAAACAGAUGUUUUUGGUUGCUAUUGUUUUUACAACAUACAUUGUUUGAAACAGUUGUAUAUUAAAACAUUUUCUAUUUUCAAUGUGCCAUUUUUUUGUUUUUUUGUCAUGUCUUGUUUAAGGCAUUCCCAAAAAUAUGUAUUUCAUAUACACUGCUCAAAAAAAUAA